AUGGCGGGAGUUUUUGGCAAUAAAGAAAAACCGGUUUGCGUCAACAAGCGAUUGGAACGGCUAUUAUAUGUCGUUACAAGAACGAUGUUGAAGAAAGUGAUCAAAUACCAAUCGAGUUGGAUUCUGCAAGACGAAAAUAUCGAAAAUGUGGAGCACGUUAACCUUGCUCCCGAAGUUCAGCGAGAACUAGGUUGUUUGGUCGGCGAGCAUGUAUUUCUCGAAUAUCCUUGGGCUUAUAUAUCACGAGAAACUGUUUUGAGAUUCGCCAAUGUAGUGGGUUCAUCGCUGGAGUUAUAUCGAAAUAAAAUUGAAACUUAUAGUAGCGAUACUUUCCUCAUAGGAUAUUCAUCUACUCAACUGAUUGCUUGCGACUUUGUCAUCUGCUUAACGGAGAAUGCAAAAUUAGCGAUAGUGAAAAGAAAUUCUGACAUCAGCAAGAAAAUCCGGAGUGAAAUUAUUCAGAAGAUCAGAAAGACCGGCAGAUCCUGGAAGUCCCUCGGAAGUGAGACGACGUUAAAUGAGAGUAUAAUAAAAAAUAUGAGAGAAUUCUUUGAGAUGCAAGUAUGCUUUCCAAUCAAGUCUUUGGGUUUGAAUCGAAACCUCUGUGACAGAUCAUCAAAAAAAUCUUGGGAUAGCUAUAUAGAAUUAAUUCCAUACGAGAGAUUCGAAAAUAUCAAGAAGAAAUGCAUUUCUAAGAUGAUCCAAACGCACUUCGAACCUCGAGAAAUCCAUGUACAAACUUAUCCCGGUUAUCCCAAGAACGCCUGGACUCAAUAUGUUUACGAAGAUACUCUAAGACCGGAUGUUGAUAAUAAUGAAUUCGAAGAAGAAGAAGAAAAAGAAUCAGCUGAGAGGAAAUCAGAGGAGGUUGAAGAGAAGAGAGAGAGUGAAGAAUCUAGAGAAUUUGAUAUCAAGGUAGAGGAACAAAAGCCAGUGGAGAAUAAAAAUUUAUUGGCGCUUUUUUUAAAAGAUUACGCGCAAAUAAUGAUCGAUGCCGUGUGCUAUAACACAGUCGUUAAUGUGCAUAUAGACGAUAUCGAAACGCUUACAAGACAAAAGAUAACUCGGCUGCGAGAUGAGAUUAUUUACGAGGAACGAUUCUCCCUUAUCGACUUGCGCUUGACGAUAGGGAAAAUUAUCUCCGAUGUUUCCUGGCAUCCGUGUUUCACCGAUUAUGUGGCUAUUUCCUACAUUACUAUACCGUCGCACAAAGUUACCCGAUUCUCGUCGGAUAUCGAAUAUAACUUUGUAUCAAAAACGGAACCGAUAGUGUUGAUAUGGUCUCUUAUCGAUUCUCUUCGGCCACAGCUGUUAUUACAAUGCGACCGGGAAAUUUACUCUAUCUCCUUUUGUCCGACAAACAGUGAUUUUGUAAUCGGCGGUUCUGCAUCGGGCCAAGUAAUCGUUUGGAAUAUUCACGAACAAAUACAAAAUCGAGCAAACGUCAAGCUGAAAUUUUCGAUUCAAGACGUUGUACCAGUAGCGAUAAUGUCUGAUCAAGAUCAUUCACACGAGCUGCCAAUUCGUCAGAUACAAUGGCUCCCUAAUAAUUACAGGAUAGAGCCAUCCGGAAAAUUAACGAAAUUGUCCACUUGUUCGAGUUGUCAAUUUAUGACGAUUUCUGAGGACGGUACCGUUGCCAUUUGGGAUCUUAUGAGAUACUCAAUUAUCUCUCAGCUAAAGCCAAAUGAUUGCAAAGAUCUUGAUGAACUGUUCCGACCGACGUAUCGUUUGAAUGUUCGAUCUUAUAAUUCAUUUUUUACACCUCUUUAUUUGUGUCUUCCAUCACUCAGUGCUUUUCAAGAAAGCGAUAAGCGUCAAGAUGAAUUGGAUUUGACGGAUAAAAAUCACAUAAAAAGAUUGUGGAUUGGCACGGCGCAGGGGCAUUUUGCUUGCUGCACCUGGGAAAGUCAGGUGUUUGAAACGGAAACGUCCGGUAUAGAUGAGUGCAAGUUUUUAGAUUGCACUUCCGCACACGAUGGUCCCGUUGCAGCGAUUCUACGAUCGCCGUAUUUUUCAGAUAUUCUGCUGACAAUGGGCGGUCACGUUUUUGCUAUUUGGAAAGACGACUACUUAAAUUUACCAGUGUUUAGACGAAAAUCUGAUUGCGUGUAUACUGCAUGUUGCUGGAGUAAUCGUCCAGGAACUUUUUUGAUGGGUACUAAUUUAGGCGAACUGGAAGUUUGGGAUAUCGAAAGGAGGGCAAACAAACCAGUGCUUAAGCAGACUAUUUCCAAAGAACCGAUAACUCUUUUGUCACUUCGCAAAUUGUGUAAGCAAAAUUGUAAACUGAUCGGUGCUGGUGAUUGCAACAGCGCUUUUCGUAUGUUUGAGGAAUCAACGGAAAUUAAGGAUGAUAUACUUGAAAAGGUGGACUGGUUUGAAGAAUACGUAUGGAGGGAAGUAAGAAGAAAAAAAAUGUUUUCUUCGUGGCAGAAAGAUUUUCUCCAAAAUGAUGCAAUCAUCGUUGCUAAAAGGCAAGCGAGAAUAGACGAGGAACGCAGGUUAAAAUUGGAAAUGACAAGGAUAAAACUUCAUAGAGAGCAUGAGGAACGAUUAAGAUUGGAAGCUGAAGAGAAAAUACGUAAAGUGCCAAAAUCCAAAGACAUUAUAUGGAAACUGCGUCAGCAAGCAAGAAUGAAGAAAGUCCUUUUACAGAAGAAGAAAUUUGUACCACAAAAAUUAAAAGAAAAAAGAUUACCGCUAAUUUGUUUAACUGAAGAGAGAAAUCUAAAAAUGAAUAAAGCAAGGAACGAAGUUGCGUUUCAAGACAAGUAUUUUCACAAUAUUGUUUCCCUCGAAUUCUCUGAUUACGAUCAUGAUUUAGAAGAAGGAGAAAUCUCAAAACAAAGACAUAAAAUGGUAGAGAACGAAAAGAUAAUUAAUAUAUAUUUGCAAGAAUUUUAUAAAAUUAGAGAUGAAACGCGAAAGAUAAUGGCGGAGAAACCUGUUUUAAAUUUUGAUUGGAACACUUGUGUAAAGAAAGAAAAGAAAAGGUUGCAAAAUGUGAAAAAUUCAUAAAUACAAGUGUCAAACUUGAAAAAGUUUCUUAAGAGAAGUGAUCUUUUUGCCUAAUAAAUUUAUAUUGUGUAAAUUGAGAUAAGAUGAGAUAAUCGAAAGGGUUGGAAAGUUUUUUGAGAGAUGCUAAUUGUAUAUAUAUAACUCUUAUUAGAUAUGACU